AUGACUGUCGAGGUGCAGAAGAAGUUCGGGUCUUACUUCGACGACUGGAGUGAAAGCUGCUCCCGACUCCAGCAUCUUCUUCAUUGCGUCAUCAUCGUCGCGAUGGUUGGGGUUGUCGAAUUCGUCGCGUUCUCAACGGAGACGACAUGGGACGACGUGGAGCCUCAUCGUUUUUCUUGGACUAUUUUCGCGUACUUUUUGCGGUUUUUGUCUCUUCUUAAUCUGCCCAUGUGCGUGAUGUCGUUGCUGGGUCUCACAAUGUACGAUGCCUUCCCCGGCCCCGUCCGAUUGAGGGCCGACCCGGAUUCCCUCCCAUUCGUAGUCGUGCGAAUCGUGACCCGAGGGGACUUCCCAGAUCUCGUCUGUCAAAAUUCGCUCACGAACCUACGCGUGUGCAAGGAAACCGGUUUACGUCAUUACUCAAUAGAGGUCGUGACCAAGAAAUCCGUUCAACUCCCUAAGAUGGUACAUCUGAGAGAGAUCGUCGUUCCGGAUUCCUACGAGCCUUCUAGCGGAUCCAUGUACAAAGCUCGACAGCUGCAAUACUGCCUGGAAGACGGGAUCAACGAGUUGGGAGACGAAGAUUGGAUUCUGCAUCUGGAUGAAGACAGUGUCCUCACUCCAGACGCCGUGAAGGGAAUGAUGAACUUCAUUCACGACGGAGAAGCCCAUUUCGGAACGGGCCUGGUAGUGACCACUCGAGGGCCAGUUGCUAACUGGAUGACGACAUUGGCUGACUUGAUGAAAACGGGCGACGAUAUGGGUAGAACGCGGUUCCUACUGAAGACAUGCAGGAAGUCCUGGUUUGGUUGGAAGGGUUCCUUCUUUCUAGCUAACGCGAAGGCUGAACGCAUCGUGUCAUUCGAUAAUGGACCCGCAGGAUCUAUAGCAGAAGAUUCUUACUUCGCCAUGAAAGGCAUCCAGGAAGGCUUCAGGUUCGGCUUCAUCGAGGGAGAAGUGUUGGAACAGUCUCCGUGCACGCUGGGCGACUUUCUGCGGCAGCGAAAGAGAUGGAUCCAGGGCUACUCGUUGAUCGUCUCCUGCCCAAAGGUUAUUACCGCCCACACCUCCAGCUGUAUCGCUUAUCAUACCAGAGAUAAUCAUGACCUCUUGGAAAUUCGCGAGUGA